AUGCAUUGGUUCUGUUUUUGUUACAUAUCUUUGUUCCGAACAAAGUGCCUUUGUUUGGAAAAAAAAUAUCCCAGAUAUUUUUCAGACUGCUUGGACUCAAACAUCUGGUUCAUAUUGGGAGAUCUAUACUUGUGUAGCCAACAUAUGGAAGACAUCAGCAAGCUUUUGUGUUUUGAUGAAAUGUUUUUUGUGCAACUUCCUCAGACAUUACCAUCACUGUGGGAAGGCAGGCAAGACCAUUUUUUUUCAUCUGUAUGAACGCUUGGGCUAACAUGCAAACACAGACUGGAAAUACAGCUUUUUCCGCACAAGGACUUGGCUUAUUGCUGUUGAUUUCCGGACUGCAAGCAGGGACCAGUAUGAUGGGGAACAUAACUUCUGAGAAACCCAUUCGUCAUUCCCCGUCUCUGUGUGUUGGAGAACAGCAAUAUGUUGAAAGGAGAAAAGAAGUAAUUCUACGGGCACUCAACAGUUUACAAAUCAACUGCACAGUGGACUCAGUCCCUCACAUUGCCCUGGCGGCUUCUGGUGGGGGUCAGAGGGCAGCAGUGGCUCUGAUGGGCUUUCUUUAUCAGCUGGAAAAGGAAGCCCUGCUGGACACUUUGCUCUACAUAGGAGGAGUUUCUGGCUCAACAUGGUCCAUGGCCUCCCUGUACAGUGACCCUCAGUGGAGCGCCAACAUGGAUGAAGCUGUGUCCAGGCUGUCAGGUCCUGGGGUGGAGCUGGAGCACGCUCUGGCCUGGUUGGCUGAGAGGUCGAAAGAGGAGCACUUCUCUUUAACGGAUAUCUGGGGAGUCCUAACCUCUGCUGGCAUCAUGAAGCAGUUGGAUCCACGACCUCUUUCAGGGGAAGCCAACAGGAGUGUCACCAACCCUUACCCCAUCUACUGUGCCAUAGAGAAACACUGCUUCUCAAACGGGCCACUAGGAGGGAAAUGGUUUGAGAUGAGCCCUCAUGAGGCAGGAUUCACAGAGUUAAACCUCUUCGUUGAAACCUCCCUGUUGGGGAGCACGUUUCAGAAUGGGGAGCUGGAGGAGAAAAAAGCAGAGAUGGACAUGAUUAAGCUCCAAGGGGUUUUAGGUAGUGCACUGGCUCAUGAGGAAACUCUCAUGGAGGGGCUCCCUUCCUGGCUUACUGUGCCUAUAGAUGAGGCAGCCGAGAAAUACCUCCAUGUGUACAUUGUGCUCACAAACCUGAUUACGCUCACAUCAAGCAUCAUUAAGGAUCCCGCAGCUCUGUCUGAACUGGGCCAGCUGCAGAAAAUACUACAUGACAAGGUUAACCGUAAUGAGUCUGUUCUGCUGGAGUCGCUGUGUUCAGAGAACAGAACAAAUCUGUUUCAGCAGUGGAGUCUUGACCUGGUGGGAGUAGUCGAAAGCUGGGGCCAAAGGCUGGAGGAUGGACCUAUCAAAACAUCAAUUUCUUUCCUGACAAAUCAAGCCCUUCCUCUUGUUUUGAAGUGGGAGUGGGGAACAACCAGCAACUUCCUCUAUCAGUUCCAGAAUGCUUCAGUUCCUGACUGCCUCCAGUCGAAAGAACAGUUUCACCUGAUAGACGCUGGUCUGCUAAUCAAUAUGCCCUACCCGUCAUUUCUGGGAGACAAGAGAGACAUUGACCUGAUGAUUGCACUAGAGUCUAGUGCUGGAAUUAUGUUUCAGACUCUGACUCUUGCCAGAGACUAUGCAGCUGAAGUGCAGAAGCCCUUCCCUCAUAUAGAUCAGAAAAUCCUGGAGGAGAGGGACUGGCCAAAGGACUGCUACGUGUUUGAGGGAACAGAGAAAGAGCCAACAAUCGUUUACAUGCCACUUUUCAACAGGAGAAACUGCAAAGAUGCAGAAGAGUUCAAAGCAAAGAUGAAGAUGUUCUCCACCUUCCAGCGUCCUUUCAGCCAGGAGAAGAUCGACUUUUUGUUGGACACUGCCAAAACCAACAUCAAGAACAACAGGGAGAUUCUGCUGAGAGAGAUUAAUAAAGCAGCCCUUCGUCGAAUGAGCAAGAUGAUGGGACAAGUCUGAGAGACGGGGUACAAAAUGAGUCACACAGAGAAUAAAGGAACCUUGAGAUCAGUUCACAGCUCUAUCAACUCUGUAAUCUUUAUAAAGUAUAUAAUCUAAAAGAUCAGUGUUGUUCCUUUAUGUCUGCAAAUGAAUGCUUACAGAUUAAAUCCCAGUUAAGUGUGUCUGUAACACUAAGAAAUAUAUUCACAUAUGAUACUCUCUUUUUAUGAUUUCUAUGACAUUCCAUUUGAUUUCUGUUGCUUUGGAGUGAUGGAAAAUGAAAGGUUUCAUCUUGAUGUUAAGGCACAUGCUUCAAUUUAAAGUGGAACUGUAGAAACUCAGCAACGCAGUAUAUCUGAAUAAAUAAAUAUGUGGCACAUG